AUGACAAGUGCUUAUGCACCGAUCCGUCCUGCGGUAAGCAAUCAACCGCAGUCUCUGGAACUACCAACGUCGAUCCAUGAAGUUUCCGUGUUAGCCGACGUCGAUGUCGACAUGAGUUGUUCAACACUCCUGCAGGGGCAACCAGGACAGAAGCAGCAGCAGCAGCAGCAGCAGCAACAACAACAAAGACAACAACAGCAACUACUCCACCAACCAACAUCGCCGCGGCCCCAGCUGCAACUUGCGCCGGCUCAAGCGACAUUACCAUCGACUUCGGUAGGGAAGGAGAGAUCAUCCUUGCCAGACGACGUACAAGGCCCUGGCGCUGAAGAUAUCAGCCCCGAAGUGCCCUCAACCGUCUCCCAUGGUCGUUCUCCGGCCGUGGGUUAUCUCGGCGGUAGUGGAUUGUUGAGACUUUUCGAACCAGACUAUAGAGGGAUUGCGGCUGCUACGACUAAUACUGCCGACCAGCAGGAGCAUGGAGUGGCCAGUGGUCGCGUAGGCUCUUUGGCAGACAACGACGGCAGCCUGCCUCCUAGUGAGCUCCAAGAAAGCUUUGCAGAGACGUAUUUCAACUAUUGCUGGCCUUGGUGCCCGGUGCUGGACAAACAAACAUUCAAUGGCGAAAUCGAGGACAUAACUUCCCCUCUCCUCAUCAAUGCAAUGGCCUUGUUGGGAAUGCAAGUGCGCCCGCCUAUAAUGCAACACGCCCGAGCUAAGGACUACUAUGACCGGGCAAAGAUGCUGUUUUAUAUGGACGAGGAGAGCGACCCGCUGAUAUGCCUGCAAUCCAUCAUGCUCUUCUACUGGUGGGCUCCACGAGGGCCGUCACAAGUACACAAGGAUGCUUCUUGGUGGUGGACUGGCAUUGCCAUCAAGUAUGCACAGCAGAUGGGUUUACAUCGUGAACCGAGAAAUGUCGAAGAUGUUGGUGGAGCUGCAGCACAAGGCUUGAGACGGAGGAUUUGGUGGACCCUCUUCGCCAGGGAACGUUUAACGGCCAUGUGCCAAGCUCGACCUCUCACUAUCAGCCCAGAGGACUGUACCGUCAGGGAACCUUCGCUUGAAGAUUUUGGGUCCUCGUCGGACGAUCCUCGCGCAGAGAUCUUCAUCUACUGGGUUCGCUUGUGCGACAUUAUCGGCCGCAUCAGUCAACAUCUCUCACGCCCAACAGAGGGGGGACAACCAUUUUCUUUUCCUACUGCUCUUGCCGAAGAACUAAUAGCGUGGAUCAACAACCUACCUGCUCGUCUACAAUUGCCCGACAUGCCAGACCGAUCGCGUCGCUUUGAUCGGGAUGUCCUCAAACUCCACUUGCCCUAUCUUACUACAGUCACUAUCUUACACUUAAACUGGUCGUCGCAGCAUCCUUCACAAGCCUUUCCCGAAGCCUACACCGCCGCUGUCCUCUCCGCUUCGUGCGUCACCCGCAUAUUCAAAGACCUUCUCGCCAGGGGAAAGAUUCGGUUCUUAGGAGCCAUAGCAUGUUGGUACGUUGGGACGGCCAUAGUUGCUCUCCUACAUACUCAACGUAUCGACACUCUUGUUACCCCAGGAGCGAACGAUAUCCGCAUUCUCAGAGUCGCAUUGAACGAAUUGGCUGCCCUCUGGCCAUCGACGGCCAUCUUUGUGAAGGGAUUCGAUCGACUCCGCGCUUUCGAACAUCUGGAAAAUACUUCUGGAGGACCCAAUAGUGGAACACUUUGCCAAGGAUCUCAGCUACAGGGCACAGGCACGACUGCUUCCCAACCGGCACAGAGACAAACACAGGAAGCGCAAGGGAACGCUUCUCCAAGCGGCAUUCACCUAGCACCGAACGACAACCCACCACUACAUUAUUCUUCCUCUAUACAGGAUGUCCACCUCCAGUGGCCCCACGGUAUCGACUGGCAGAGUUAUUUCCCACACGUCACAGGUCGCACAUGUGGCCUGGCAGAGGUGUUGUUGGCUCAACCGCAUCAACCACCUUUGGACAUUUGGGCUGGGUUAUCUUCCCUCUCAUGGUUUGGUACAGGAGACUCUACGUCGCCGGCACAGUUCCAGAACCUGUUCGAUCCCACUGAUACGAUGUUGGACCCCUUUCUGGAGAAUCUGUCGGCGUUGUGUUGGAUGGGAGAGUCAGGGGGGACAAUAUGA